AUGCGGCGUCGCUCUCCAGCGGGCCCGAGCUCCAGGAGAGAUCCCCCCACCUCGCCUCGGCGCCGCGGACAAGCUUCGCCACGGCGCAGCGGACCAGCAACUCCACGACGAGGAACGCCACGCCGCCACCCGCGGGGAGAGCCGGCUCAAGGACGGCCAGCGCGCCGGCGAAGAUACAGGCCUGGCCAACGGGCCAUGCUGGAGAUCCGGCGGUUCCAGAAGAGCACCAACCUCCUCAUCCAGAAGCUGCCCUUUGCGCGCUUGGUGCGCGAGAUCUGUCUGGACUACACCCGGGGGGUGGACAUGAGGUGGCAGGCGAUGGCCCUGCUUGCCCUACAGGAGGCCGCUGAAGCGUUCCUUGUACACCUGAUGGAGGACGCCUACCUCUGCGCCAUUCAUGCCAGACGCGUCACCCUCUUCCCCAAGGAUAUGCAGCUGGCUCGGCGGAUCCGCGGCAUUCGCGACAGCUUGUGA